AUGCAAUUACUCUUUCUGAUAUUGUCGACGACGGCGGCACUCGCGAACGCGUGCGUCUACAAGGGAGAACAGUACAAGGACGGAGAGACUUGGGUAAGCAAUCGCGCUCCACUGCACACCAUCUGAUGGCAAUUUUGAGCGUUUGAGUUUGACAAGCAAAGAUUCUUGUGAACGCUUUUCGAACGUUCUACGGCGAGUUUGUGUUUUGAAUUAAGAAAUUGCAGAUAAAUUUGAUAAACCUAAUCAAGUUUUUCAAUUUGCGAACCGAAACGCUCGAAAAUGUUAAGUUUGCGCAAAAUUGUUGGCGUUCUUGUGCUGACCCCCAGCUACAGUACUUUUCAGUUUAAAGGCGCAUCACUGUCCUCCGGAACAUACUGGUGUAGAACUUUCUCAACGAAAUUGCCUCUAUUGUACGUAAUUACACAGCUUCUUGUUAAACAUGAACCCAAAGUGUCAUGUCAUGUUUUCGAGGCUUUGUUCCGAUUUCUGUUGUCGCUUUCUCAUUGGCAGUCGCCUCUGAACAACGUUGACGAUGAAUAGCGGAGCUAGAAGACGUCAAAUCGCUGUACACAUUUUUUGGGGCCUAAUCUCAAUACCCAGUACUUUAUUUUUCCAGUUUACAACUUGUUCGUACCACCACUCCUAAGAGUACUAAUCUUUGAACAUGUGUUAUGAACAAGAGCUAGGUAUAUAUUUUGCAAUGUGAUGUCUUCUAACUUUGCAAUUCUUUGUUUUGGCCGCGCCAUGACUGCGCCGUUAGAGUACAACUUUAAAGAUUAUUUGAACUUUAAUUUAUUAUCGGGUCAUUUAACUGCAAUCGCGCUCUGUUGAGAAACUCGUUUUGCAGUGCAAAUUGCAAUAAUCUCGAGGGCGAGUUUGAAGAAAAAUGGAAACGUUUGGCUGGAUUAGGAAGAGAGAAAUGUAGUAUAAGUGAACGAAAGUGGAAAUGCUUUCAGAUAGCGCGUUCCACGUUCGUCCUCCGAUGCGACAUCUCGAAGAGCGGCUGGAAAACAACGGUGAUCGGAUGCCGGACCGCCGAGGGUGUUCACGUGCUUCCCGGCCAGUCGAUCUACGAGGGCGACACGGUAGGUCAUAAUGAUCAAACUUCAGCUGCUUCUCCAGUCACCACAUUUCAUUCUCAAAACUAUUUUUGAGUACGACUGACCGACCGAAGAAACCCCUAAUUUUGAUGAUUGCAUGACAAACCGGUUGGGACAGGUCAAAUUGAGAGAAACGAAGAGAUGAAGUGACUUUUAAAAGUGAAACGAAACGAAACGAUUGCAGAAGUACGAGUGUUUGAAGGAGAAGGACGGCACUGUCGAGAUCCGAAGAACCCUGAACAUCAAGCGGAAGAAGAGCUGCGGAGAUCACGCGAUCGGCGAAUCGUGGGUCUUCGAGAAGAGUUUCAUGGCCAAGUGCACAGAGAGAGGGGUGCAGAUCACGGACUGCAUCUCGGACGCCGGCAUUCCGGUCCCGCUGAACGGGUCUCUCGUGUUGAGCCUAGUCAAAUAUGAGUGAGUACUCAAGCAGCUGUACUAGUGAUCAUUGAAUUUAUCACAUUUUCAGUUGUGUUAUGGACGCCAGCGGAAAGGUUUCACUGCACAGAGAUGUCACUCCGCAGAUCAUCGCUCCUCGAUCCACUACGGUAUAUCAAGCUAGAGAAGUAAUUGGAAGGACGAGGGAAUCUAGCAAGUGUAGAUUGGCCGUGGCCUAGAAAAAUCAGAUGCGAGUUAUCUGCUCUAGAGUCAUUUGAGUUUCUAUGAAUCGAGAUUCGCCUUGUUUCCCUGGUCUUUUGGACACACAUAUGACUUUCGCACGUGCUAUAUCCGGCUGUUUGUUGAGACCAACACAUUUUGUGAUUUGUUCCCAUCGCAGCUCAAACCGUGAGAACUCUCUCUCCCUCUUUGCAGCUGAGCCCAUUGGAAAUACUCGGUCCGAUGUUCAAGGAAUUGCGGGCGUCGGAUGUGAAAGAACUGCUGGCGCCGAACGAUUCGGGCAACAAGCAAGAAGUGACGGCGGCCGCGCAAAUGAUGGAGAACGCCGAGACGACGUGCGACUUCGAGGGCGAGAACCGAAAGGCGGGCGACGUGUGAGUUCGGGAGCACGCAAAAAAAUACCUGACUUUUUACGCUAAAAAAACAAAAACCGGCAGAACAUUUCGAAGUGAAUGCGCUCGGUUUCAAUUGUGAUCUCGAAUCCGACGCCAAUUAAAAACAGAGAAAGUUCUUCCAGAAUUCAAAGCAAAAACAACUGAAACUUGUUUCGCCGCUGCAAAAUUAGGCCCCGAAGAUCACAAAAAACCGACAAUUUUAUCAAACUUUUUUUUUCAAAAAUCCUGAAAAACACCGAUUUCAGAUGGGUUUCCGAUGGAAUUUUCACGAAAAAGUGCACCGACGACGGGGCGACCGUGAUUUUGAACUGCAUUGUGGACGACAAGACGAUUAUCAAUGUGGACACGGAGCUGACAAUUGGCAAGAAGGUAGGCUCAGCUCAGGCUUAGGCUCAAUUGAGACAACCGAAACUGAGAUCAUUCAGACGUACAAGUGUUACCGGAAGAAGGAGGAGAAUCGAGUGUACUACGAGGUGCGAAUCAACUGAACUCGGCCCGGAUAUCAUUCAUUUCUCGCACGGGUCUCUAUGUAGAUCUAGAUCCCUCUCUCUCUCUCUCUCUCUCUUUCCCUUUCAUUUUCUUUUUCCGGCUCCGUUUUCGUACUCAAAUACGAGUAACUUACUAUUAGUAUCACCUACUAUAUAACACUUUUCCUGAUUAACCACCGCCCAUAACUAGAUUGUUUUUAUAGCACACACUAAAUAAAUAUUUCUGUUUUCCGAUUUUCACGUAUUCUCGCUCAAUUCAAUGAGCAUUUCGAGGGUAUUCAUGCUGAAAAUGUAGCGUUUUUGGUCAAAGAUUACAAAGAAAUCCGCUCGAAGACCGCGCACGUUACUAUCUAACGCAACGGAGCCGCCGCCGGCACGCAUGGCGCAGUAGUACCGUUUUGGCCCGCCAAGCCAACAGUCGCGGGUUCAAACCCCACUGUGCUGUUAUGUGUUUUGCUUUGUUUUUCUUGUCCGGGCCUCGCAGUAUGCCCGACCUUCUCAAUUAGUUUUCUGAACGGACUUCAUUCAAAAUAGUCACUUCAAAAAUGCUCCCACGUUAUUUUCUCUCUCUCUCUCUCUCUCUCUGACGCUUUGCGACUUUCAGCUGUUUCCUCAAUUCAGUUCAGAGAAUCAACUCAAUUCAGAGAAUGAGCACAAAAUGGUUCACGUCUCACUCACUCAACUGAGACUAACACAAAGAUGUCAUCUGUCAAAAGCAAAACACCAAUUUGUUCUCAAUCAGUUUUCGUCUCCAUAAUUGGUGGUUAGAACCUUGAAAACAAGCCAUCGAACAAACCUUUUCUCUCGCAAAUCCCGUGAUCCUUGUGGAAUUAUAUAGUUUAUGCCUAUGCCAGACAAAUAUUCCCACGUCGUCUUGUGAUUCGUCGUGUGCUCGACCCAAAACCUCCGCUCAUGUUUUCCGUUAUUUUCGACUCAAAGACCUAAAGGAUCCUCCGGUUGCAGGUUGAUGAAUGUUUCACUUUGUCCGGAAAGUUAUCUUCUGAGCAUCAACGUCUUCUCAAUCACCCUCACGCUUCCGAUGGUCGUCAUUUUCGCCGUUUUAUCCAUACUUUUGAUCGUUCACUCCAAAACGUUUCAUCCGUUUUUCACGUGAGUUACUACGAAUCCCUCUGAAAGUGAUCUACGAAUAUUUUUUGGAGUUGUGACUUGAACUAACUCUUACUUAUCGAAAACAACCGAACGAAUCGGACAGAAAAAGUGAACGAGUUCAUGUUAAGUUACAUUUUAGCCAACCCAAAAUAAAAAGGACACGCUGACAUAGGUCUAAUAAGGGCUUAGCCCUAAGAUGUUGACACCAUUGGAUGGAGCGUCAAAAGUCGAAACGUUCAACUUUAGAGGCCCAUAUCUCGAGAACCAAUGAUUAUGCUUAAAAGUGAUCAACUGAAAAGUUGUUGCAAAUUUUGUGCUGAACAACUUUGUUCUACAUCAUUUUAACUCAAAAUGUUUCGUUUUUGAGCUAUGCAUAUUUUUCUAAACACAUCUCAGAUCUAGUCCUAACCCCGAUUUUUGUGAAAAAUGAUGUACUUAUAUAAAACUUUUUACGCAUUCCAGACUAUCCUUCACCCUGCUCAUAAUCUCCUACGCAAUAUGCAACGCGUGUGUUCUUAUCAAGGCCUCCAUUGAGAUUUUCGACGAACAAAACGCAUUUGUCGCCCGUGUGGACACCCUUUAUUUAUGGGUUUAUUCGUACAUUCAGCCGUGUGGUGAGCGAAACAUCGUUUUCUUUAUACUUUUAUGAUUUCCUUCAAAAACCCAAUUACAGUGGUAAUUGGAUUGAUCGAAAGGUUGUGUGCCACUAUUUUCGUGAACUCGUACGAGCACUCCCGACACUGGGUCCUAUAUAUUAUCGGGCAGGCGAUCGGGGUAGGAGGACUGAUCAUUUGAAACGUGUAAAUGGAGUUAAAGUCCAGAUCGGAGUGGUCUACUACGAGAGCAUUCUGGUGGAGAGUGGCGAGUACACGGACACGGCGAAAAACGUGCAAUUCGGACUGUCCAUCGCCAUUUGUCUCUGUCUCAUUGUCUUGUUUCUCGUAAAUCGACACUUGACACUCUCGUCGAGGCACCGCUCGAAACUGACCGUCAGGUAUCAGUUGGCCGAGAACGUCAAGGCAUUGAGGUGGGCAGGAGAACGUCGAUGAUGAUGAUGAUGAUGAUGAUGAUGAUGAUGAUGAUGAUGAUGAUGAUGAUGAUGAUGAUGAUGAUGAAUAGGAUGCUUCCAGAGCAUUUGUGCCGUUCGUCGUCAUCGACAAUUGCAUUUCGAUCAUGUUCGUCCUCUCGAUGCUCCUCUUCCAAGUCGACUUCAAUUUCGAUCUGGAAGUGUGCCGAAAAUUGCCCGGAUACACAAUCAGCUUUGCCGUUUUUCGAGCGGUAAACACUAAUUGCAGCAUUGCGGGAACCUAGAACAUUCGUUGCUCCGACGCUUGCAAAAAGCAAUCUAAUUCUGGCUUUUUCGCAAAUAAUGUGGCUAGGCUUUCCGGAUUGGGCCCGAACUUUGCAGGUUUCUUGGACUUGGUUUGAAGUAUUCAUCGUGCAAGUUUCAGACCGAAUGGAUUAUCGGAUCUGGAGAUAUUCGGUCCGAAAAGUCCGGGUUUUUUUUUGCAGAAAAAAGAGGCAUAUAGGCCCUAGAUCGAAUGGUUCCAAAAUCCUUAGUUCAAGUGUUAGAAAUCUGACAAAUUUGGGCCCAAUCGAAAUAUUUAUUCCUCAAUAGUAAGCGCAAAAUCUGUAGUUGAAUAAUACCGUUUAUUCAAAACGAUAUAUCUCAGUUGUGUGUAGAGAUAUUAAAACAUUGUCAACUGAAAAAAUGUACACAAAGUAUUAAUGAGUAAUUUAUUAGUUGACAACUUUUUGAUAUUCCUACCGGUAGCCGAGAUAUAUGGUCUUGAAUGAACGGUAUUGAGAUGCUGGCGUCUAACUUCAACAACUUUUUGCAGAUCCUUCUACUGACGCAGUUGGUGAUGCCAUUGUCGGUUGUGAAGCAGCAUUCUUCCAUCUGGAACCGAGUGACCGCCCAUUUCGCGGUGCGCAAGACGACCGUCCGGAACAGUGUGGACACUACCGAUCCGAACAAAGUGUUUAAAGUUCAUACUAUUCUCGGAGAGGAGGCAACGGUGUUCGUGUCGAAAACCAUUUCCUCCUCUUCCUUUUCUCCAUUUUUGACUUCAAAAACGCCUCAAUUAGCCGCCACAAACCUUGCUGAAUUUCAGAUCAACAACGUGCUCGGAAUGGACGUCGUCGGCAGCAACGUCGACUAUUUUGCUCAGCUCAAAAUCCAAUGGCUCACCUGA